AUGUUCCGCCAAAGGACAAGCUCACAGAAGCCUGGGGACGACCUGCUGGCCGACUUCCGACAGCAGUUCCCUCAGGUCGCAGUUGUCAGCACCGCGGCCACUGCCCCCGCAAUAUCACAAACCGUGGCAGCCGAGAAUCACAUCGUUCAUGCGCCGCCACAACCUGAGAGGACCCAAGGCAUCCCCCAAGAUGCCUUCCGCGACCAAGACCCGACCCCUCGGGCUACGAAUGAGCCUUGGAGGUUUACACCAUCCCUUUUAGACCCUAACUCGCUCUCCUUUGCCAACUUCGCCAAUGCGCCUCCCGGGUAUUACACGCCAACUCCAGGCGGUACAAACACCCUGUUCCACCAUCAGGCUGGCGACCUCCAUACCCCCACGAUGAACUUGGGGAUGGGCCUUGGGACUCCGCUAUCGAUGCCAACUUCUGGAGACGGAAUGCACGCUGGACCAGGCACCGGAGUCAUGGACAUAACCGGGUUCCAAGCGAUGCACUCUCAGCACUUCCACCAGUUCAACCCCUUUAUCCAAGCGCCCCCGCCUCAACCAACCUUUGCGCCCUCGAGCUUUGUUCACCAAGACACCGGGUACGAAACCAUGGAUCAGGACGGCCCCCAGAUCAACUCGGAGCCCCCUGAAGAGCGAAUGUCGCCCAUGGAUACCUUCCAGAACCCAACUCACAUGAUUGGACUCCAGUCACGUCCAUUUCCCGGUAUCCAGGCUUCUCAUCCACUUCCUGCUUCGGCAGAGAAGUUCCGAUUCCAUUCGACUCUCAACGCGCCAACUGCGAUGAUCAAGCAAGCUGAUGAGAUCCCCAUCACCUAUCUCAACAAAGGACAGGCGUACUCCUUGUCCGUUACUGACACUAACGCGACCCUACCCAUUGUUCCUGGCACCAGGUACCGCACGUUUGUGCGAGUUUCAUUUGAGGAUGACCAACAGAGACAACGGCCCGGCGUCUGUUGGGGUCUCUGGAAGGAGGGCAGAGGAACCAACGAGGCGCAUCAAAGAGGGGGGAAGCUCCAGGCCGUCGAGUAUGUCGAAGCGGGGCAACCAGUCGAGGGAGAUGACAAAAGAACUCGCAUGGAGCUUGAAUCCUCCUCGUUUGAUGGCUUCUCGGUCACCUGGACACCAGGGACUAACGGGGCCUCCGAGGUGAACAUUGCAGUUCGGUUCAACUUCCUCUCCACCGACUUCAGCCAUUCCAAGGGUGUCAAGGGCAUCCCCGUCAGACUCUGCGCCAAAACUAGCCCAAUCUCCCCUGACUCCUUGUCAUCCGCCGCCGAUGCCAACCCCGAGAUCUGCUUCUGCAAGGUAAAGCUCUUCCGGGAUCACGGAGCUGAACGAAAGCUCUCCAACGAUGUCGCUCAUGUCAAGAAAUCCAUCGAUAAGCUCAAGCAGCAGAUUGCACAAGCCGAGAGCGGGUUGAAAGACUUUGGCAAACGGAAACGCUCAAGCGGCGUCUCGAAGGUCGGAGAUGUACAUCGACCCGGAAAGGUCAUAAAGCACAAACGUACAUGGUCCAUGUCCUCUGCUAGCUCUGCUGGUGGGGGACGGGUGUCGAUGGAAGAAGAUUUGCACUUCAAACUUCAGACCCUCCAGGACAUGUUCACCAGCACCCGACCUGUCAGCGUCCUGUAUCUUAGGGGUGAAGAGCUCGACGAUCCUGAUCUACAUCCCGUGUCACUUCCUGGAGACGCUUCGCCCCUUACCAAGACUGAAAGUCGUGAUGGCCCGAACUGGCAGGCCAGAAGUGGACGCAGCUCCAUGGCAGGCUCUAUGAUUUCUCCCUCGCCUAGCUCCCUCUCCCUAGCAUCACAAACCUCCGCAGUUGGUCCCGGUGGUCAGUGGAAGAACUUUGACUCCGUCGCCGGGGGUGACACAUCUCGCAAAGGCUCAGAUCCACCGACGAAAGUCAACAAGACAGACGAAGAUGGGAACCUCAGCGGGUGGAUCGAGGCUCUUGGCGUCGAUCCUUCAUAUCGACCCCCGGUGGAGCGCGGCCCCAAGCCUGUCGCUUGCUUCUAUGUCCUUCGCCACACUCAGACAGACGCUGAACAGCAAGAGUACUAUCGGGCAAUCUACUUGAGACAGCGAACUCUGAAGGAGUUGAACGAUCGUAUUGCAGCCAAGUGGGGAUUUAACCCAUCUCGAAUAACACGAACUAUUCACGCAACCCAAAACGGGUUGGAGGUUGAAAUGGACGAUGAUGUUAUUCGAGAACUAAAGGAGGGCCAGGACAUGACCUUGCAGGUUAGAGAAGUUGAGCAAUCUCCAGGGGCGAAGAGCGAGUGGGACAUGGCGGUCGACUCUGACGGAUCUCCUGACACAGAAUUAUCUGACGAGACAAUUGGGCUUGUCCUGCGCCUCGUCUUCUAA